UGGCAGCCUACAUACACUACGUGGAAGUUCAAUAUAAACAACGUUUUUGGUGGAGCAUUUCGCCUGUUUGUCACCUCAAUAUGAUUGAGGAGUAGAAUUUCCAUGAAUCUAGAAACCUGUAAGGGAUAAAGGAACGCCACCAUGUUGGAGUCUUAUAUCUCCCCGUUUCUACUGGGAUACGUCAACAAGUACAUCAAGAAUCUCAAACCAGAGGAUCUGCAGCUCUCUCUCUGGGGUGGGGACCUUGUUCUCAACAAACUAGACCUUAGGCUGGACGUCCUAGAACAAGAGCUCAAUCUUCCCUUAACGUUUAUCAGCGGGCAUAUCCACGAGUUACGCAUUCAUGUUCCAUGGACGAGACUGGGUUAUGAGCCUGUGGUUGUUACGAUCAAUACGAUAGAGUGCGCCCUCAAGCUACGAGACGCUGGCUAUGAUGAGCACGACAGCGCGUCGUCGAAAUCCAGCGUGCAGAGUAAGAGUAAACCAGACUCGACGAGCCAAGCGAAGCUCAAGUUUGAGAAGCAAGAUCGGGAUCUUCCGCCGGGAUACGUUCAAUCCCUGAUGAACCGCGUCAUCAACAAUGUCACGCUGGUCAUUAAAAAUCUUGUCUUGAAAUAUGUCGAGGAGGACAUCGUCUUGUCCGUUAACGUCAAAUCAGCGGAGUCCUUCGCAGUGAAUGCCAACUGGUUAGCAGCCUUCACUGAGUUGUCGCUGCCGGAGCUUGUCCUUCGACGUGUCUGCGAGUUCUCUGAUCUUACGGUCUGUCUGGACAAGAGAAACGCGAGUGGUAAGAUCGAGGUGUACCAGGAGCCCGUAGCCUACCGUUGCGCUGUGACACUACGCAUGCAUAUGACGUAUACCAGCCUCAACGCUAAGAGACCAGCUCUUAUCAAGAUUAAUGUGAAUUGUAAAGAGGUAGACAUGACGUUGUCGGACACUCAGUUACCAAUGUUUAUACGAUUGCUGCAGCUACUGAUGGCACUGUACUACGGCACAUUGGAUCAGGGGAAUAAAGUAGUGGAGCCGGAUGACCAAACAGCAAUAGCUGAAACAAGCAAGACUGAACCUAAAACAGAGACCUCUAGACCAGAAGGCACUGCCAUGGACUCAGAAGGGUGGGCCUCGUGGGCUUGGUCUUAUGUACCCGACAUCUUAUACUACGAAGAGGAUGAGGAAGGGGGUACAAGAAAAAGAGAGACGAGGCCUGAUCCAAUAUUGUCUGUAGGUCUGUACUGCGACAGAGCACGCAUUACAUUCAAGUUGUCAAAGGAAAUCUCCACAGACCACCCUGUCUAUUCCACACCAUCACCAAAGCUGAAAACCUACCCUCUGCUGAGAAUGGAGCUGUCCGGGUCGGCCAUUGAAGUUCUGAUGCGUGGUGAACUCUUCUUCGUGCAUCAGAUGGGCUUUAGUCACAUCACUGCAUCAGUAAUGGGAGAUUGUGUUUGUGGAUUGGCAGAGGGUGGGGACGGAGCUAGUUCAAGACUGUUGGAUCAGGACACACCAUUCUUACAAUGUGGCAGCCCAGACUACAACCACAAAUACACCAACUAUCUCACUAACUCGCUCUUCGAUCCAAACUGCCCUGAGAACAAACAACAGAGGGCGUCCUUCAUUCUGGACUGGGAUCAGCACCAGGACACAUACAGCGAGGCAUUGGCCACUCAGCGAUUUGGAGCUGUGUGGACGGAUUACCUGUUUGUGGCUGAAAGAACUGGCAACAGAAAUGCGAGUGACUCCUCAAGCCGCUCAUCCCAUCACAGCACUGAUGAUUCCGAUCCAAUCUUUGAUAUGAAGGAAACAUCAAGCAAGCGAUUCCUGUUCAGCCCAGCCAAGGUGGUCAUCGGCAGUGCCAUCAUACACCAACUUCAGAAGUUCCAUCAGUGUGCUGUGGAUCAUGAAUAUGAACCUUACAGCACACCAAGACCAGAGAUCGUAGAUGAUGAACGUCCGUCAGCAACGCCAGACCAGAUCAGCACCCUGGAGGAAUGGGUUCCAUCUCGUUCCUCUCACAUCACGCUACUCAAUCUGCAGGUACUAUUCUCAUCAGCCCAGCAUCCUUAUUACGGCUCGACAAAACACAGCAAGACAAAACAGGACUCAUCAUUCCCUGACACUAGUCUUGUGCCGACGCUGUGCCUGCAGAUCGACCGUAUAGACAUCCAGAGUACAGAACCCAUGUACGCACGGAAGCUCAUCAAGCCCAUUAGCAAACUCCCUCCUACAGACUGUAGCUCCAAGCUAAUGCACCAUUGCUACACUCACAAAUACUAUAAGAUAUUUGGAUGCCAGUUUGGUUUGACCUAUGUGGACCCCAGGAGUGACCUUUCACCUCCAGUCCUUCCCAUCAUGCCGUCUUGGAGUGCAGCCGUGUACCACAAGGUGCUGGUACUCCCUGUCUACUGGAAUGAGUACAACCUAGUUCACUCUGAGGUGAUGUUGGAGCUGCCUGGUUUAUCCCUUAAUGCCACCAAAGCCCAGUGUCUACUCAUGAUGCAUAUCUACAACACCUGGUCUAGUAAGCAGCCUCAGACAGUGGUGUCUCGACUAGCCGGAACCAGCCUCAUGGAUGAUGUUUUCAAACCAUCAGUGAAGGCAUUUCCAUCAGGCCAACCUGUGCUGCAGGCCUCCAUCCAUAGCCUAGAGGUCAGACUGUCCCAAACUAACGCAGUCCAGGCUAUCUCAGGCACCCUGAGUCAAGCCCAGCUCAUUAUGCAGGCAUUAGACCAAGGCAGGGCCAGUGACACACCGCUGUUUCAUGGCCCAGUAGAAACGACAAACCUGCACCAGUAUAAAAGCUUAAUGAAACAGCAGUCGGGUGCUUCUCAAAUCAACACAGUUGACUUGUUGACGUUCACGGUGCAGAUUCCCAGAAUUUCUGAUCUUGAAAGAACUGUUGGAGAAUCUUGUGGUGUUUUCCUCCUUGACAUCCAAGGAACAGCGUUAUGUGUUGACCCACUCAUUUACACAUGGCUCCUGUAUCAGCCUAGAGGUCAGGUCAGGUCAAAGGUCAUAGAGGAAGCCAGCUCUCGUAGAAGUAAAAGCUCUGUCACUAAACAUAAUUCAUCACAAGGUUCAAGCAGCGCUCGAAUGAAAACAAACUUACGGGACAACAUGAUGAAGGCAUCCCAACCCCUUCAACGGCAACCCUCCUCUAACACACAACAAGACAGAGAGCCAGCUGGGCACCAGUCGCAUGGCACGGAGGUUGACAGAAGGAAGAAUGAGGAGAGAAGUCUUAUGGAGAAAUUGUGGUUGGUUUUGAAACACCUAACAGUCCAAGUGGAAAUUCAAAGUUGUUUUGUGGCACUCCCGACUGACCAUCUGAACUUUGCCCCCGAUGUAACGAGUAUCCCGCAACGCAUCAGGCAGAGCAUGCUGGAUAGAAGCAAUGGUGAGAUAGUGGUAUUGAGUCUUCCAACGCUCAAAGCGCAGAGUCUGAGCCAUCAGAAGAUACUCGCACUGCAGGAGAUACCGCUGGAGAGGAAAGAUCUACCACCGGACCCUGGUGAAAAGUUACCAUGGAGUGUGAAGGCAUCCAACCUCAGCAUGUACACGAUACACACAGACCAAGGUCCCUACUACCUCCUCAAGCCGUUGGUGUUAUCAGCAACAGUUGGGGUGACCUCUAGCUUUGGCAGGGAGCCUCGCAGUCACCCGACCCUCGGACUGUGUGUCCAUGCCGAUAUGCAAGAAGUCAUGAUGGCAUGCUCAAAACCACAAGUUGCACUUGCUGUCAAACUUCUUAAUCAGGCCCUCAAGAACCAGUCCAAACUGAUCGAAGUGUUCAGGCACGAACAGCGCCCCCAUACUACCCAAACCACGCACAUUCCCGCAAACCAGCAAUCCCCAUCAAAGAUGGCCCCAAAAGUUCUAAGCAGCGUCGCUUCAUCCGGCCAACCUGAACCCCAAGAUGUUACAACCUUGUCUGCAUCCUCGCCCACCGACGCCACAGGAGUAGCUCCCCAUGAUAAAGAUGGUGAUAAGAAUAAUGCAUUGAAGCUAUCUUUGUGGCUGCAGUGGACACUUCAGAAGUGCUGCGUCAGCCUCUAUGGGGGUGCUCCACCUAUGAAGAUAAGCUGUGAGGUGGAAGAUUUAACAACGAGUUUUGACUUGCAGGGUGUCUACUCAAAAGUGACUUGUAAAGUUGGAUCCAUCAAUGUGAAUCAUUACACCAAGAAAGAUGGGAGCUGGGGGCGUGGCCCAUUUAGGGGUGUGGUCUUCUCCUGUAAUGACACCAUUACCUACAACACACGCAUCCUCGGCCUGCAGCCAACCAACCAAUCUGCAUCCCGGCCGUUCAACCCGUUUGCCGUCACGCACGCUGCCAAACCGGGAGACUCCAAAUCACAUGGAUUUCUAUCCGCCACCUGGACCAGGGCACAGGGGCAAUCUGUAGCUCAGAAGAUGUCCAGCAAGCAGGCUGAAGCGGGCAAGAAUCUGGAGACGGUGGCACCGACGCCACGUUUCAUUCAUGAGAUUGUAGUAUCAGUUCAACCGUUUGACAUCCUGGUGUGGUGUCCGCUGAUCGUCUCGAUGCUCGAUAUCUUCAAAACGGACAGCGUCAUCAAUGUAGGGGCUCUAGAUUCUUCAGGUACUCCAGAGUUCCAAGCCAAACCUCGACUAGCAAGACUCCAAUCCCAGCAGACUAUGUCGACGACCAGCGUUCUCUCUCCGUCGGAUUCCUACCCGAGGUCCAGCACGGCAAGUCAGAAAUCAACGUCUCCCGGUCGCCAGGAAUGGCUUUCAAGUCGGAGUCUACCCUUGGUUUAUCUUGACUGCAAGGAGAUCAGGGUCUUCGCUCCGACAAAAGAACCUUCAGUCUUGGACAAGGAGGAACUAACGGUUAUCGAGACGGAGGAGGAUGAGAGUGAUGUUACCAUGGUAACGCAGGAUACAUUCCUCCUUCAGGUCAACUCAGUGAGUCUCGUUCCGCAUGCAGACAAUCCACUACAGAGACUUGUACUAAAAAAGGAGAUAUUCAGGCGUGCAGUCCAAGCUGGUCAGACCCAGACACCUGGGUCAGAGGUCGAAGACCGGCAGUACCAACUGGAUGUCAACAACCUAAGCAUGUCUGUUACAUUGUGGGAACAGAUCGAAGCAAGCUGUGACCGGGGUAAAGUUGGCGUGAAUGGAGUCGGGGUUCAGAACCCUGCGUUGGAGUGGAACACAGAACAGUUAAGCCCCGCCCCAAAGGAGGUGUGUCUACUACCCAUUGUUGUAGGUAUCGAUAUGCGCUUCGUGGCUGCCCCAACUAUUGUUAUAGACAAAUCUGUCGGAGGUUCAGACAAAACAAAAACAACGCCUGUAAUGGUCUGUGGUCACUCCAUUGAAAUGGACUUCACCAGUGACAUGACAUUCUACCUUAGCACUGGACAAGUCUGUCUCCUACAAACUCUAGCUCAAGAGAACUUUCUAUCUCUCAUGAAACUUGCUCCGCUACACUCUACGAAAUCAUCCAAGGAAAACAUGGAGCAUGCGUCAUGGAGAACCCCUGCUCCACAGACGGGAAACCCCAUACCCCAGUCACAUGACAAACACAACGGUACCCACCAUCAAACAAUCACAAGGUCCUCAAUGAAGAAACCAACCCAAGAUAGUGGAUUGGGGAGCGAAGAGUCGACCCAACUGGGAGGUGUCAGACUUCAGAAACUUAAGGUUAAAAUGCACGAAAUGCCAAUCCCAAAAGUUGAAGCGUCAUCAGUGCAAGGGCAGCAGUCCAAAAAGGUUUCAAAAAGUAGCGGCUUCACGUCAGUUGAUGCUCUCAUCACAGCUGGUAAAGUAUCCGUGUUCUUAUACUCGCGCCAGAUUUCCGUUGCCGAAAAUAUAAGAGCAGAAGAGCAGGAACAGACGUCCAGUCGAUUAGAGACAAUCAAAGAGCAGAGAGUGGAGUUGCAGCCAUUUUUGUUUGUCACCGCCAUGCAACCGGCGGCUGUGUUGUCUCUUGGACACCAACAACAGAGGGCGCAAGUUACCAUCUAUGACUUCACUGUUGAUGGGGCUUCAUUGAAAGACGUUACACAAGAUAUACCAAGCACCCAGCUUCUUCCUAGUCCAGGUGACUACACAGUGUCUUGGUUUGAGACCUGCCCAGGGGAACCUAACUCUAAGACUGGCGUUCGACCUGCAUUAUUCACGUUCAGCCUCACCGACUGCCUUAGCAAUCAUGCUGACGCAAAACUCAACAUUGGCAGGCCGAUCAAAGUGAGUUUAAGCUUGAGCAAAGUAGACCGGGUGCUAGACUUCAUGAAAGCACUCAUCCCACCAAAAUCAACUCAGAUAUCCACGGCGCCGAUAGCUCAGAGUGAGGCAGUAGCACCAAAGAGUGCUGUUAUUAUACCAGUGUUGCCUCGGCAGCCUCUGACAAGCAAGACCAAACCCUCCUCCAGCCAAUCCGGCCAUAGAGACGCACUGGAUGUGCUGACCAGAAUCAAGAGCGUCUCUGUGCAGAUGACAGAAUUUGUUGUUGCCAUGGCAACAGUUGCAGACUCGGACUAUCCGCAUGUUGUCUGCUCAUUCAGUGAAUGCCAGGGUGCUCUUGACUUGCAAAACAUCGAUGGGAUCAUCUCAGAGAUCCAGGCCAGUCUGGCCUUUCAGCAACUCCUGGUAAAGACAUCCAUCGGUCGUAAGACAAGACCUCUGAUUGGUCCAUUCAAACUCACCCUGACGGGCAACAGCCAAUGGGCUGCAUCCGGUGGUCAUCAGACCCUAGAUAGGUCAUCCAUAAAGCGUAUGACAGCUGGGGUCAACCUGGGUCAUGUGACUGUAUUCUUGGGUCAGGAACAUGUGAACUGUUUGUCCUUGAUGCAGCGCCAUGUUGGAGAGUAUAUGGAUAAAUCCAAACAGACGGAGAGUCGGGGAGAGUCCAGUAAACGCAGGUCUGCUUCUCAUCAGCAGCCAUUGUCUAGUCUCCUAGCUCCUUCAAGUACUGUCAUAUCACGACAGCCCAAUAGACACUAUAAAGAUGACCUUAGGGCAGGAACAUUCCACUAUGUCACAGAUACCGAUGGAAUUGGAAUCCAACCAAAAGCCAACGAAAUCGUGUUCUCCUCUCCAACCCUGGAGUAUGAUGUCAAAGGUCACUGGGGGUCAAUGACAUGGUCAUACCCCGAGCCUAGGAUCCUGACUCAUGUAUCAGUGACUCCUAUACCGCUCCAACAGGCUGGUGCCGCUGAGUCGAAUGUAACAGCAGAGGUAGAGGUACCCUGUACCCUAGAGUAUUGGGACGAUCUUCGACAGGGUUUCUGCAUCUACAAGCAGCUGUACGUAUCCGAGGUGCAUUCCUACCAUCUUACCUUACCAUCGGCAGAGGACAAGGCUUGCAGGCAAGCUGUAUCAUCACUGUGCAGAGUGGUCCUCAAUGCUGUAGUGCAGGGCAGCGAUGACGAGCCGCUUUCUAGAAAGAAUCACCCAGGGUUGAUCGUGUCUCCGACUGCCCUGGCGGCCUCUAUGAGGGUAGACUCCUGCUUCUCAGCUCAACUACUACCAGACCUCUCACUGGGAUUCAAGAUGGAGUGUAUGGAAGUCAGGCUAGCUCAUCACACUGAUGCACUAGGCAAAGGUCGGCCAAAGUGGCUGGAGCCUUUUGUGUUGGAUGGACUGUCCCCAGCUGACCAGGAGAUGAUGGUCCUACGGCUGAGGUCCUCAGAUAUGUACAUCAAUCACUGGAGAGCCACUCAAGCUAACACCAAUGUACAGAUGUCAACCAGUCUCCAAUGUGAUCUUAUGACCUAUCGAAACCUCACCAUGUCAACACUAUUGCAUCCAAUGGGUGUGACUGCCACUGUGGAUUCGACCUGGGGUCAGGGUGUCGAGGGCCAUGUUGACCUCGGGACGGUUAAGGUCAUCGUGGGACAGGAAACUGUGCAUUCUCUUAACAUGGCAUUGCAAGCAAUAAAACAGGCAAAUGUAGAGAACCAGGAGCGUUUGCUAUUCUGUAGUUAUGCUAUCUGUAAUGAUACGGAUGGUACACUGAGGUUUGGCCAAGUCCACACGGAUGAAUCCAUGGUCCUAGCUAGCAGGAAGGUUCAUGAAUACAGCUGGAGGACUCAUAAACAUCAUCGUCAGCGCCUGCAUGUUUGUAUUGAGGGAUGGAGGAACUGGCGUUGGUCUGAACCCUUCAGCCUCGAUCACGAAGGAACGAUUGUGAGAACCUUGCAUCACCAGGAGCAAACGGCUACGCUGUUUAUCAAAAUUAAAAAGAUAUCGCCGCUACAAAGACAGGUGAUUUUCUGUGGCCAGCACAUCUUCACCAACAUGCUGGGCCUAGACCUUGAAGUACAGCUGAUCCGAUUGGCCAGAAUCGGCAGUCAGGUGAUCGACUCAAAGCAUUUCCAGAACCUGUCGGCCAAUAGCAGCUUGCCUUCUUUAACCUGUAGCAGUAAUGACAUCACAGGGGUCAGACUGAGGCUGGAUGAAGACGGCUGUGAUUGGUCCGAACAGUUUGCGAUAAGCGGGGAAAUGAGUCGUGAGAAAUCAAUUUUGAAGGUGUGCAAUCAGGAUGGAGUGUUCCAUUAUAUGUGGUGUCGUAUCUUCACUGAGGAAAUCCAGGGCCAUGUACAGCGAUUGGUUCUGUUGAGCCCAUUGUUCAUCGUUCGGAGUCACCUUCCUUGGCCCCUGACCAUGAAUAUUGAAACCAGCAAGCAUAAUGACCAGAAGGUUAUUGAGGUCAGAGGUCAAGCUUCUGACCAAUCACUGUACCAGUUUGCACCAGAUACGUGGCAUAAUUUUACUUUCCAACUCGGCCAUGAUGCAGAAAUUUCCAGUCCCUCCAUUCCAAUCAACACAGACAUGAUUGAUGAGCUCAUUCGUGGGUCAUCGUCAGAUGUUGAUGAUGUAUCUCCUGUUUCCAUAGAGACUGUUGCUAAGCGUUGUCAACAACUUGAUAUGGCAUGGCCAUACAACCAUCUUGACUAUAGCAGUGCAAAAUCAUUCACUGGUAGUUUACGCCACACCGAACUACCCGCAAGUAAACAGUCUACAGAGGCUUCCCCUCAAGAGCCUCCUAUCGGCACUGUCCACCAGCCGAACACAGACCUUCAAGUAUCCAUCACACAGCCCUGCCGCUUCCUCAACACCAUCAUGGUGGACGUGUUGCCAUGGUGUUUGAUCGUCAAUGAAACAGAUUUAGAUAUUGACGUUUUGGAGCAUGGGUGUCAGUCGGUGUGUGUGCAGAAACGACAGGUUACUGCCCCGCAGAGAUUCAAGAAGGCCUUUCAUCUUCAACUCAGCAAAGCCAAGUACACAACCAGCACGAAAUCCAAUCCCAUACACCUCAUGGCAGCCUCCGUCCCAUCAACAGGUCACGACCCUUCAACUCUGACCCUAAUAUCAGAAGGGUUCAUCCAGGUCUGCUUGUCUGUGCAGCGAAUGGGGCUGGCACAGAAUCGGGUUGUACGUCUGACUGUGCGAUCCACUGUCAAACACAACAUCAGGGUUAUAACAAUACUACCUCAGUUUGUGCUGAGGAAUAAGUGUAAGAGGUCAGUGAGGAUGAGGACACUGGAUGUAGCACCGUCAAAUAAGCUUUCACUACAGGAGUCGUCACUGCAUGAGGUGAUAGUCCCCUCUGCUACAACUCAAGAAACACACAUCCCGAUUACACAGUGGAACAUCCCACCCACUAGUCAACCGAUCACCGCCGAGCUGGAGAGUGUGAGCCAGUACUUCUCACUGUCUUCAGAACUGACCAAUCAGAAUGCUGGUAUUAGAGAGGCAGCCAAUCAGGAGCAGACUCACUGGAGCCGAUGGGUUCUGGUGGACUUAUCGAGGCCCAGACUACCAGUUGCAGUACCGAUUCACCAAGUGUACAGCCAGGCCUCACCCAAAGCAACCAGCGCCUUGGUAACCAUGUCAACACAACCGCUCGUUGUCAUCCUAGCAGAGCAAGAAGGAGUGACAUACCUCACCCUGGAUGAUGACUCAAUGACCAGGGUGACCGUCUCUAAUGCCUGCUCCUACCCACUUCACUUCGGACAGACCCCGUUUGAUGCCACAGAGAAACUGGAAGUUUUGGAGCAGACCAGCCCAGUGCCCUCAAUACCUCUAGUCCUUCCUCACUGUCUAGUCCACUAUGACCUCCAGCGUCCUUCAACCAGCUCAUCACCGGAAUCUGAGCCUCGGCCAUUUCUACCAAGCAUUCACUUAUGUCUUGGGAGCUUUCUGGGUGUGGCUAUAUGUCUUGAAGACUCAAGAGGAGAACAGAAGCUGCCCAAGGAGGAGAGAAAGGGUAAAUAUUCAUGGAGCGAGGCUAUACAGUUGGCCACAGACCACCAGGAAAGAUCAGAGAUAGUUUCUGUUGCUGGGGUAGGCUAUGUCCUGCUAUCCAGUCACUGUGUUGGAACCCAGUUGCAAGUACGCAUUGAUCCACUCAGUAUGGAUGUCUCAAAAACUAGUGGCAGAAGCGGGAUACAACCGUCAACGGAGCCUCCUAGGAAUGCUGUACCAAACUCGUUAUUAGCAGUUGAGAUGGGGGAUAUUGAUCAAGAAAUAUCUGCUUCAUCAUUGGAGAAAACAACAGCCCCUCUAUACCCCUUGCAAUAUAGGUUUCGAUUAUCUGCUGGGAGUGUCGUCGUCAUGGUGAUGGAUGAGGUCACAGAUCUCGUUCAGACCUCAGAGAUGCUUCGCGUCACCGUCGAUGACGUGCAACUGUUAAGCUUCCCAUGUGUCGAGGAAGGCACCAAAGGUCCCGUUCAACAGCAAAAGCUGCAGGUCUCGGCACAGGGCUGUCAGGUCGACAACCAGUUGUUCAAAGCAGCCGGAAGCCACGAUUUUGCUGUCAUCCUGUGCAGCCAACCAGACAACUUGAAAAGUGGGGAGGACGAAGUAGCACAUGAUGCACCAAUUGAGAACCGCGCAACAUUUUACAGUAAACACCACGCUUUUGUUGCGCUGACUUUGCUGGAGAGCAGUACCACAGGAUCUUUCAAGCUAGCCUCAAUUGAAGUUGAAGCCAGGCCGCUUGAGUUGUACAUCGAAGAUAUACUCAUGUACGAUCUCCUUGUUAAAUUUCGAACCUUCCUCCCAGCAAAGUCGCACGACGAACGCCAACCAGUCACGCAACAGAGCUUCCCCACCAAAGUUCGAGUGGCCAGCAGUGCGCUAAAGGAUCCAAUCAGCAUGCGGCGAUUCCUCAUCCAGCCAGUCAGAUUGCUUGCAAGCAUCCACGCAUCUUUGAAACUGUUCAUUGCUGUGGACAGCACACCACUGUCAUUCAACCAGUUUGAUAGCGGUCCGGUGUUUGCGACAACACGACAGCUGGUGCAGGCUCUGACUGUACACUAUACCUCUGGAGCACUCUUCAAAGCAGGCUGGGUCCUUGGCUCCCUUGAGAUUCUAGGCAACCCAGCUGGGUUACUACGGAACGUCCGUAGCGGUCUGACAGACUCCUUCAUGUUGCCGUAUGAGGGGCUGACUCGAGGGCCUGCAGCGUUUGUAGCCGGUGUGACCAGUGGAACCUCAUCUCUACUCAAACAUCUCUCUGCAGGAACACUGACGUCAAUCACAAUGUUUGCAUCCAGUGUCUCACGUAAUCUAGACCGGCUCACCCUGGAUGAGGAUCAUAUUGCACGACGAGAGAAGCAGAGACGUAGGGUACCAGACAGGAUGACGGACGGGCUUCUUCAAGGCCUUAGCGGGUUUGGGAUCAGCUUGCUAGGAGCCAUCGGGGGCAUUGCUGACCAACCAAUCAAAAGCUUCCAUCAAGCACCAGCUGUCAGCUCACCCACUCAGAAGGCGACAGGUAUCAUACGAGGCGUCGGCAAGGGUCUGAUGGGCGUGGUCAUUAAGCCACUGGGCGGGGCAGCAGAGUUUGUCUCACAGACAGGACAAGGUAUUUUACACAGCGCUGGAUUGGUUGAAACGCGUACUCCAAGGGGAGAGUGCGUAACACUACUGAGUGCAAUGGCAGAAAACAGCAGACUCAAGUAUACAUGGAAAAUGUUGCAGCCUCUUCCGAACUCCGACAUCCUGAUCCACUGCAACAUCACAACCAUUACCUUCCACGGCUUGCAGCGCGGGGGGUGCCUACUCCUAACGCCGGAAGUCCUCUUUGUGGUCAGCUCCAGUGAGGAUACCCAACAGCAAGUUUUCCCGAUAUUUGAACUGGAGUGCACCCCCGUGGCGGGAAGCAUAGAGGGAGUGUGUGUUUUGGUGAAGAGCCCGAUGUCACCAUCAGUCCUGAAGAAAGAGGAGACAAGCAGUCGCGUCGCUGACUUCGUUGGGGCUAUCGCCUCUAGACCAUGUGACCCGCUAGACACUGACCCAUUGGUCAGCUCUGACACCCAAUCAGACGGCUCCUCUCUGCCAGGGGGACACACAGUGGAUGACACAAGGGGUACCACAGCGUACCAAUACUUCUUGCAGCAGGCCUGCUACAGGGAGACUUUCCUCAGUCUGUUCCAACAGGCGAAGAAUAAGCUUCUCGGGAAGGGUUUCUGCUACGAUGAGACGAAUAAUACGGGCUUCAGUCGCUUUAAGAUGUGGCAUACCAGCACUAAGAUGCAACUUGAAGGCUUGUAGAUAGAGGGACUCAUUGGGUUUUAGUUGGAAGAUACAACUUGAACAAAUCGGGGCAUCUUUUGAAAUCGGGGCAUCUUUUAAUGUUGCCCUGUCAAAGACGAAGGCUUCUAUCUUUAAACAAGGGACUUGAAAACAUCAGUCUUUUUCAAAAUCAGUGCUCUGGCUUUAAGAUGUGGCAUACCAGCACCAAGAUGCAACUUGAAGGCUUGUAGAUUAAAGGACUCAUUGGGUUUUGUUGGAAGAUUCAACUUGAACAAAUCAGGGCAUCUUUUGAAAUCGGGGCAUCUUUUAAUGUUGCCCUGUCAAAGACGAAGGCUUCUAUCUUUAAACAAGGGACUUGAAAACAUCAGUCUUUUUCAAAAUCAUGGCUCUGGCUUAGACUCUGUCAGUUCUUUUAAAACAUCAAUUCUUGGUACAGAAUUUCAAAGAGUUUCAAAUAUGUGAACGGAGCCAAAACAAAAGCCCAAGCAGAAGCCUUCGAAAGGGGCCGUCAAAUAAAAACAAGUAUGUCUUAAGUGAUGUUAAAGCUUUACAUGGCAUAGAUCUAAAGAAACAGUGUGUUAGUAAACUUGAGGGUACAACCAGAUAUAAAACUCUUUUGGGCGGAGUGUUAAUUCUGAGAAGAACUGAUGGGGUUUUGACAUUUUUCCCUGUUAGUUAUUUUUUAGUUGGGUUGUUUGGGAAUCAUCCCAAUUUUUGUUUUGACUGAGUUUAUAAUUUCAUUAAUUUGGUUUAUUUUGUUUUUCGUUCGGUGUUUGGAGUUUCCACAAUUGUUUAUUUUUUCAAUUUAAUGUUUGUUUUGACUGAGUUUAUGAUUUCAUACGAUUUGGUUAAUUUUGUUUUUGUUUAAAGUUUAUUUUGUGAAUGGGAUAUUUUUGUGAAGGUGGAGGAUUUCUUUUAUUAUUUAUAACAGAGUCUUGCACUAGACAUGCAAUUUUGACUUUUGCACAAAUUUUUGUGAAAAUGCCAAGCAUUAAAAAAAGAAGAAUAAGGAAAUAAGCUGAUCACCUGGAAGUUUACAGUCACUAGCUCACAUUGUUGUUACAAAGACACUUCAGAGGUGUGCAAGGAGCUAAUUUGAUUGUUACGGUUUUACUCGAUCAAGAUUAUUUUAUGUUCAUUACAAUAUGGACAAAUCUAGGGCUGCACUAACCUUAGCUUUGCACGGAUGCACUAUACAUGUACGGUACGUCAAGCAACAUCAUCUGCUAAGAGUUGAGGCCUAGUAUUAAUUUUGAAUGUGACUAAAGUUUCACUUAUGUCAAGAAGUAUGUUGGAAUGCAUGAUAGUAAUGAGCAGGGUUAUAGUGGUCGCUGGAACCAAAAGCAAGUAAGAACUUAUCUAUAUUUUGCUAAUAAACAUGGUUCUUAUAGGAACUCAAGUCCCAGUUCCUGGAAUUCUACACCUGGUUUAAAUCAUGAUGAUAAAGGCCCGGUCACACAGGCC